AUGUUCAGAACAUCAGCCAUAGUGAUCUGCUGCUUAUCCUGCGACACGACAUCCUUCAAACACGAAGAACGCCACGGCCCUCACAGGCGAGGCUGGGGCUACCCCGAUCCGUUGCAGUCGAUGCCCUAUUAUCGGGGUUACUACAUUCGGGAUGUCUACUUCAUCCAGCCCGAGGACUCGCACCAGUGCUACGAGUGUCUGACGAAGCUAUACAUGAUCGAGCCUUUACAGCGCUUGCGCGACGAGAUAAAGGCUGAGGAGGCGAAGUUAAUCGAGAAAGAGAACAAGAGAAAGGCGGCGGAGGAGAAUAAGGAUAGAGAGCAGCAUCGGCUAGAGAUGAGUGCCAUCCUCCAUUCAAAUGAACAUGAGCAAAACAAGAACCAUCAGUCGCGGAUGAGUCGCCUCGUCUCGAAUGUCGACGCCCUCAGGUUGGACCCCUAUUCGCUGCGGCCGUCUCACCUUAGACGCUUCUAA